GGAAGACAAAGACUUAAGAAUAAUAUCUGAAGUUUGAGGAACUAUUUUCGAGUUCUUAAAACAGCUCGCAAGGUUGAUAAUAAGUCUGUAAGCUUUACAGAGACGACACAGAGUUGCUUUUGGGACCUGCCGAACUCCCUCCCCUGAACUCCCUCCCCUGUGUGAUGUUCCCUUAUAUGCCCUUUUCCCAGCUCAAGAAGUCUACACUUCCUUCUACCUGACUGGAUAAUCUACCACUCUGCUGAGCUGGAAAAAAAAAAAAGAGGUGACAUGAAUUCGUCAUGUAACUGCACCAUUGAUGACUUCAAACGCUCUGUGUUUCCCGCCGUCUACCUGCUGAUUUUCAUCCUGGGCAUUGCAGGCCACUCAGUCUCGAUCUACGUCUUCUUCAGAGUGUGGAAGAAGAAGAGGAGCCUGACCUCAGUUAACCUGUUCAUGGUGAACCUGCUGGUGUCUGACCUGAUGCAGGUAUGCUCUUUGCCCUUCAGAGCCUUCUACUUCCUGUCCAACUCCCACUGGCCUUUUGGCAACGUGGCCUGCCGCCUCAUAUUCUACGUCUUCUAUCUGAACAUGUAUAGCUCCAUCUACUUCUUGGUGGCUCUCAACAUCAUGCGCUACCUGGCUCUGGUGCAUCCGUACCGCUUCUUGCGCCUGCAGAGCUGCUGCCGUGGACCCCUGGUUUGCUGUCUCAUCUGGCUGUUUGUGGCGCUGGCCUCCAGUCCUCUACUGUUGGCGUCGACCAAAAAAGGGGCAGAAAAAUGCCUCGAGCUAACAAGCGGAAAUGCAACGGUCAUCAGGACUCUAAUCAUUAUCAACGACGCUACUCUGGCGGUGGGCUUUGUCCUGCCACUGGCAAUCAUCUUGUGGUGCUCCGUCUUUGUAGUACACAGACUGCUGAAGCCUAGUCCAGUGCACCGCACAGUCCAGACUUCUCGGAAGAAGGCCUGUGCUCUGGUCAUCAUCAGCCUAGGAUUCUACCUCAUCUGCUUUCUGCCUUACCAUAUAGUGCGCACGCUCUUCUUACACGCAGAGUUGGACGUGGCAAACAACAAAGGGUGUGAAAAUUCCUGUGAAUUCAUCCAAGGGAUGCGUAAAGCUGCAGUGGUGUCCCUUUGUUUGGGCACAGCCAACAGCUGCCUGGACCCCAUCCUUUUCUUCUUCGUGGGGGAGAAUUUCAGAACUUUCUUUGCCAAGAUGCUGAGAAGAGAGAAAGCAGACACUGAUAACAGAAGGAGAAGCCAGCAGAGGGCAGAGUUGCAGGUCUUGAGUUCCUGAGAUGAUGCCCUUGGUGUAUCUAAUAUGGGACAAGUGCACAAUUCUUUUCUAACAGGAAACAAAACUGUGGUUAUUUUGUAUUCAUAGGUCCCCAAAACGUCCCCCCAGUGCAUAGGAGGCAUGAGCAAAGUGAGACUUCCUGCACAUGACAGCUGCAUCCCUCAGAUCUCCAAAGCUAAUGUCAUCAGUAGUGUUAUUUUCUAUAUAAGUUGUCCUCGAACCAGUCCUCAGGGGCCCCCCAGACGGUCCACAUUUUUGCUUUAUCCCUAUGUGUUGCCGCUUGAAAACCACUGUUCUAUGCACACAGUUGUCAUAACUGUAUAACUGUGUGCAAAAAUACAUGCUACUGUAAACUAAAUUGUAACUUGUAAAGGAUUAUUGUUGACAAAAGCAGUGUUGAUGAAUAUAAAGGAUAACCAACAAGGGAGCUUAAUCUCCAGGUGCUGGAAUUCAGCAGGACAUCUGUCUUGAUUGUAUCUUUUUAUUGGGAAACAGGUAAAACUUUUUAUAAGCAAAUUAUAUGACUGAUAACUGAUCUCAAGAUGGACUGUAAGCCAAAGGGAAAUCGGAUAGGCCAGACUGUAAUAACACAACAUGCAUUACAACCCGCACAGCGUCCUGAAGAUUCCUGCCAUGAAGUGCAAGAAGUUUGUGUGGACUUGCUGCAACAAUGAUGCUCUGUUGUGAUAUAGGAGAAACCUGACUGAAAGAGAGAUGCUGUUGCUGGCGCUAGCACAGAAACAAUGGCAAACAGCCUGUCUCCUCCCCCAGAACAUAAUCAGACAGUCUGUGUCAAAAUGCAGCUUCCUCUUUCAUUUCAUCCAUAAAUGGAAGUGUUGUUGACACAUCACAGUAAACCUCAAACCGUUGUCUUCACUCUCCAGCCCCUCCCUUUUGUCAGCAGCGUAAUCCAUAUGCUCACCAUUGCUGUCCGCUAUCCACUUGCUUAAUAGUUAAUAGUAUAGAAGCAGCCUGGAUCUCUUUGGUCUUCGUGGUCAUCAGUUAUGUGACUGUA